AUGCGAACAGCUGUGAUCCUUAUACAAUGGUUGGUCCCGGAGAAAAUCCGCAAACACCGUGUUUUCGCACAGUUCGUCUUCUACCCAUCUCUCCUGUACAACAUACUCAUGAAGUCUUUCACUAAUCGGAAUUGGUACGAUCGGAUCGAUGAUACUGUAGUACUGGGAGCUCUGCCAUUCCAUCCGGUCGCAUCGAGGCUUAUCGAAGAGGAGAGAAUCAAGGCUGUGGUCAGCAUGAACGAGGAUUUCGAGCUCAAGUUUCUGACCCCGAAUCGCAGUUCUUGGAGCAAGCGAGGUGUGGAAUUCCUCCAGCUUCCCACGCAGGAUAUUUUCGCGGCGCCUGAAGCGGGGAAAUUGCGUGAAGGAGUUGAUCUAAUUCAGAGAUAUCGCGAACAGAAGUCUUCGGUUUACGUUCAUUGUAAGGCCGGUCGAACACGGAGUGCUACCCUGGUCGGAUGUUAUCUCAUGGAGAGGCACGGCUACGGACCCGAGAAGUGCUAUGAGGAAAUGCGCAGGAAACGGCCGCACGUGCUCCUUGAGGAACCACAAUGGGAAGCUCUGCGAUUACACUUUGAGCGAUUCGUCAAGCCCAAGGUUGGGCUGGAUAAUGCGCGCCCCCCUAUCCAGUAGCACGCACGCCUGUUUCCUGCCGAACCCAUUCGAACAUAUCCGCGGAGGAGGGCUGACAGGAGUCCUUGGCUCGACUAUUCGUUCAUCGGAUUUUCUGAGAAUAGCUCUGACGAGCUCCAGCAUUUUCUACAGGAUCCUUGGAUGUUGUUUUCGUCUCAAGUGAAAAUCGAUCCAUCCUCGUGUCGGAGUUGGCUUCAUUAGACGGCACGGGUCUGUAACGCUUCGAGAAUGUGCCGCAGAAGAGUCUUGAAGAGUCUUCUCCUCGGGACGCCUCAAACUGAUUUUCAGACGUCUCAGGGGCGUCCAUCCAUCAGGAAUAUCAAUUGAAUGAGAGGAAACCCGGUAUGCACCUCGUGUCCAUAUGUACCGGCCAUAUGUCCUGAGCAGCCGGUGACCGACUCAGGUCAGCAUUCAAUAAAGAGGCGGAGCUCGAAUUU